CACAAGGUAAUUAUAGUCACGAAGAGCUUUGAAGAUGCCGUGUGUCGUGAGGUACAGUUCUCUACUGAUCAGUAUCUGUUUAAAAAACAUCUUGUGUGCAGAACAAAACUUACCAGCUGAAUCUAUGACAGUAGCUGUUGGAAAUGAAGUCAUUAUCCAGUGUGCUACUGAUAAAACCCCUCUAGAUGGGGUCUACAUGUACAAAAAAGGAUCAAAUGAAAACAAACACCUCGUCUUCUACUAUUACAAAGACGGCACAUUUAACAUUAAAGAAGCAAAGUAUAAAGAUAGAUUCAGAGUGAUCGGAAUAUUUCCCAAGCUUUUAGCUUACUUCUCAAAUGUAACUACCUCAGACAUUGGGGUGUACUGGUGUGAAUUUAAUUUUGAUGAGAAUAUUACUUUGGGCAAAGUCACAGGGCUGUUCAUAAAGAUUAUGGACAGCAGGGAUAACAAAUUGCAGACAAAUAUGAAUGACACAAAAGCAGUAAAUAUAACAGAAUCACAAAAUAACUGCACGGAAAAUAUUCAUGUGAAGAUCGUUCUCGCUGUAUGUGCUGUCCUGUCGCUACUGUGUGUCAUUGGCUUCAUCUUUGUGAUUGUGAAGGUGAAGGGCCGUUGGGGGAAUAAAAAAAACAGGCCUUCAAAUGAACCCCCAGACUCAGUUUAUGAAGAGAUGAAACGGAGCAAUUUCGACAUCCAGCCGAGUGUACGGAUGCUCAUCAACCAUGGCUAUCAAACCACCAAGCUAUUUUGCUAAAUAUCUUUGAUAUUAGAUUUUAAGUUGUAUCAUUUUCUAUUUGGAUUGGCAGCUGAAUGAUUAAUUGCUUUGAAUUUGAGUUUAUCAUUUGCAUUUUUUGAGUUCAGAGAGAGAGAAAUACAAUUCUAUAAUUAAUUUAGUGUGAAUAUCAUGGUUAUAUUUUAAGCUGUAGGUCAAGAAGAAUUUAAAAUAGUUUCAGUGUGAGGAACAAACAAAAUAUGCAGCAGAGAUAUUGUUAGCUGAUGGACAGAUGAAAUGUCUAAUACCUCAUUUGUGGUCUGAUGAGCUCAUGCAUGUGCAAAGAGCUCAAGGAGGAAUAGCAGGUAAUCAAAUUUCACUCAUCUAAUCAUAAUUUCGGCAAUUAAAGCCUUUUUGUUUCAUUGCAAACUUUAAACUAAAAAUAGCAAAUGGUAUUUAACUCUCUGAGGUUUUUUGUUUUAAACUUGGUUCCAUUCUUAACCAAUCCUGUUCCUUUGCAGUUACGGGCAUGUUCUCUUCUUUUCUGUAACUUUUCAGAAUGCAUCAAAACAAGCCACUGUUUUUGUGUUGACUAACAAUGUCGAAUGUCAAGUUUUAAAGCUUAUGCAGAUGAGGCUUUUAUAUAUCAUUUAACAUGCAUGCUGUUUUACUCACCACCCAGCUGCAUAUGUAUUACAUUUUAAUGUUUUUAAUUUAAUUCUACAGUUUUUUCUUGUGUUUGAAAAAAGUGUCUCAUGUCUCUGUACUGUGCCACAUAAUGUAAACACUGUAUAAUGCAAAAACAAUU